AUGAGGAAGUUAUUGUCUUUGUUAACUAAACGAAUAAAGCAAACUGUCAUGGAUAAGAGAAGUGGUGAAAAUGACCAGUGGAUACUGUCGUCUAAAACUGGAGAAAAUGAGUGUAAGGGUGAUGAGAAUGAAUGGAUAAAGCCGACCGUUAUCGGCUAUUUGGUUGGUCUGCUUAUUGGUGCGAUUUUUGUAUACAAAUUGAUGCUGAUAUGCUUUACCAUAGUUCGAUGCCAACAAUUAUCGAAUCAUCAAUUGAAUCUAUCCAAUUCCAAUCGUGAAUUACUGACAGAUGAUUGGAUGAUAGGAGAUGAGGAUGAUGGAAAUUGUGAUGAUGUAGAUAAAGCCUCAUGGGGUCGAUACUUUUAUCGUGGCAUAAUAGUUGGCUUUUUAAUUGGCUUAAGUGGUGGUAUUCUGCUUGGCUUUCUUUGCUGGCAAAUUCAGGUACACAAGGAAGACUACAAGGAAGACUACAAUUUAUAA